CUUGUGAUGAAUGGAAGAUUUUACCAAAACCUAAUCUGCAUCGAGAUGUCAAUAGAUUUGGUCACACUGCUGUUGUCAGUAAUGGGUCCAUGUAUAUAUUUGGGGGUUUUUCGAGUGUUCUUUUGAAUGACAUCCUUGUGUACAAGCCUCCAAACUGUGAAGCAUUCAGAGAUGAAGAGCUGUGUAAAAAUGCUCGUCCAGGGAUAAGGUGUCUGUGGAACAAGAAACAUUGUGAAUCCUGGGAAUCUGGACAUGCUAAUAACAUCCUUAGAGCAAAAUGUCCUAAGAAAACAGCUGCUGCAGAUGACAGAUGUUACCGAUACGCAGACUGUGCGAGCUGUACUGCCAAUACAAACGGGUGCCAGUGGUGUGAUGACAAGAAGUGCAUUUCAGCAAAUAGUAACUGUAGCAUGUCAGUUAAAAACUACACCAAAUGUCAUGUGAGAAAUGAGCAGAUCUGCAAUAAACUGACCAGCUGCAAAAGCUGCUCGCUACACCUGAACUGCCAGUGGGACCAGCGGCAGCAGGAGUGCCAGGCACUACCUGCUCAUCUGUGUGGGGAAGGGUGGAGUCAUAUUGGAGAUGCCUGCCUCCGCAUAAAUUCUAGUCGUGAAAGCUAUGACAAUGCCAAACUGUAUUGCUACAAUUUAAGUGGGAAUCUUGCCUCAUUAACAACCUCAAAAGAAGUGGAAUUUGUCCUGGAUGAAAUACAGAAGUAUACACUUCAGAAAAUUUCACCUUGGGUAGGUUUACGCAAGAUCAACAUCUCCUACUGGGGAUGGGAUGACAUGUCUCCUUUUACAAAUACAACUCUGCAGUGGCUUCCUGGAGAGCCAAAUGACUCUGGCUUCUGUGCCUAUCUAGAAAGAGCAGAGGUGGCAGGUCUGAAAGCGAAUCCAUGCACUGCAAUGGCAGAUGGUCUUGUGUGUGAAAAACCUGUUG